AUGGAAGCUCCAGAAGACGUGUCGGUCCGGGAACAGCUUUUCCACGACCGAGUCAGAGAGACCAUAAUCUGUGUCCUGCUUUUCAUAUGUCUCUACAUUGUCUCCUAUCUGGUCAUCACCCACUACAAGAGGAAUGCUGAGUUUACCAUAGAUAACAGUGAAGAUGCAACAGUCAACAAAAUUGCGCUGUGGCUCUGUACGUUCACUCUCUCUGUCUCUGUGGGCGCUGUUCUACUCCUACCACUCUCCAUCUUGUCCAACGAGGUCCUGCUCUCCUUCCCACAGAGCUACUACAUGCAGUGGCUUAACGGAUCCCUUAUACACGGACUGUGGAAUAUAGUCUUCCUCUUCUCCAACCUAUCCCUGGUCUUCCUCCUGCCCUUUGCCUACUUCUUCACUGAGUCUGAGGGCUUCGCUGGAUCCAAAAAGGGUGUGAUGGCCCGUCUGUAUGAGACAGCAGUAGUCCUCUCCCUCCUGACCCUGCUCGUGUUGGGGAUGGUGUGGGUGGCAUCAGCCAUCCUUGAUGACAACAUGGCCAGACAGAGUCUUUACGAUCUGUGGGAGUAUUACCUGCCUUAUCUGUACUCCUGCAUAUCCUUGUUCGGAGUCCUGCUGCUGUUGUUAUGCACUCCUCUGGGACUAUCACGCAUGUUCAGCGUCACAGGAAGGCUACUGGUCAAACCAAGGUUGCUGGAGGACCUUGAUGAGACAAUGAGUUGUGCUGAGUUUGAAGAGGCCUCUCUAUCCAGGAACCUCACUAGUGGGACCUUGUUAUGGAUUAAUGUGAAUGCAGAGGUUCUGAGGAACCGGUUCCUCAACAUUCAGGCCCGGCGGAUUGCUCUGGAGAUACGGAAGAGAGCGUCACCAUGGCAGCGUAACCUAGGAUACCCAUUGGCCAUGCUGUUGCUGCUGGCUGUAACGGUGGUGUGUGUGCUCAUUGUGUGUUACCAUGUGGUGGAGUUGCUGUUUGACGAUACAGCUAUGCCUCGAGGGAUGGAGGACCCUCUCCUGGGCGCUGCCUCGUUCUCCAUGUUUGGUUCGUUAGGGGCUGCAGUGCAGGUGAUCCUCAUCCUGUAUCUCAUGAUCUCCUCAGUAGUGGGUUUCUACAGCUCCCCACUGUUCACUGGACUACGCCCCCGUGCACAGGACACCACACUGACACAGAUUAUUGGGAACUGUGUGUCUCUAUUGGUGCUCAGCUCAGCUCUGCCUGUAUUUUCUAGGACUUUGGGGAUCACCCGGUUUGAUCUGCUGGGAGACUUUGGUCGGUUUAACUGGCUGGGAAACUUCCACAUCGUCUUCCUGUAUAACAUACUGUUUGCCGGGCUGACCUCUGCCUGUCUGAUCAACACUCUCACAUGGACUGUACAGAGGGAACUCAUCAGAGCAUUCGGGCUGCAUAAACUGCCGUCGACUGUGUCCCGCUCCACCAUCCCACUCAGGCUCCUAUUAGCUAAUGGACUCUCAAAGAUUCAGUGA